AGGAUGACCCUGUCCAAUUCCACGACUGUUCUGCCCUUUCUGGCCUCGCUGUGGCAGGAGACAGCUGAACAGGACGGCAACGUGUCGGGCCUGGCUCGUAGGUCUCAGCUCCGGGAUGACAGCAAGCUGGAGGCACUCUAUAUUCUCAUGGUGCUGGGCUUCUUUGGCUUCUUCACCCUGGGCAUCAUGCUGAGUUACAUCCGAUCCAAGAAGCUGGAGCACUCCCAUGACCCCUUCAACGUGUACAUCGAGUCAGAUGCCUGGCAGGAGAAAGGCAAGGCCUUCUUCCAGGCCCGCGUCCUGGAGAGCUUCAGAGCUUGCUAUGUCAUUGAAAACCAGGUGGCUGUAGAACAGCCUGCCGCACACCUGCCUGAACUGAAGCCAUUGUCAUGA